UGGCCGGCGAGGCUUUUAAUCUUUCUGCUGGGAAUUGCUGGUGGGAAGGAAGCUCGUUUCGCCUGCUCCGCUUGGCUUGGUUUCCUUGCAUGUGGAUGAGACGAUGGGACUCGGCUGAAAUCCUGCCAGGUUCUGUUUCCUUUUUGAGCACGAGAACCAGCGUGGUUGAUCCGUGGAAGGUCGGAAUGGUGCUCUGUUUUUCCUGCUGAGCAUCACACCUGGGGAUCUACAAGGCGAAGCUUCUUCAAAGCCUCACACCAAAAGGGGAAUCCCCCCCCACACGGAAGACCCUCUGCGUUGAGCAGAUUUGGGGAAAUUGGUCUUUCUGAGCGUUGGGCAAGAUGGCCGCCACCAAAGUGCCCAUCUAUCUGAAGCGAGGGAGCCGUCGAGGCAAAAAGGAGAAACUGCGCGACAUUCUCUCGUCCGAGAUGAUCAGCCCUCCCCUGGGAGAUUUCCGGCACACGAUCCACAUCGGGAGUCAGGGGGAGAACGACAUAUUCGGGGACAUCUCUUUCCUUCAAGGCAAGUUCCAUCUCCUGCCCAGAUCGGAAAAGGUGGACGCCGACGGGAAUCGACACUACGUGGUGCCCUUCGAGUUCUCGCGGACCUCGACGCUCUCGGAAUACGAGCCGCUGUCGUUGGAUAUUCCUUCGCCGCUGCUCAAGAACGCCAUUUCUCUACCGAUCAUCGGCGGCUUGCAGGCGCUGACCUUACCUUCCGCCCAAGCCCCGCCCAAGCCGCCCCGUCUUCACUUGGAUGACAAAGACCAGGCUGCUCCGCCGACGGAAGUCCACGCUCAACAUCUGGCCAACAACGGUUGGGCUUCGGAAGCCCUCGGGGACUCCAAGCCCCCUGCCCCUCUGAACGGCUUUGCCGAGGGGGAGAAAAGAGACGAACCUUUCUUAUCCCAUGCAGGGUCCCUGCUAUCCCUUCACGUAGAUCUGGGACCCUCCAUUUUGGAUGACGUUCUGGGGGUGAUGGAGAGGCACCAGACUUCGGAUGCGGACGUGCAGGAGUCUGGCAGGCAGGAGGUUCUGACAUGAGGGCCUGUCUGCGAAAGGACUCCUAAAAGCAAGGCAAUUUGUGGAAGGAGGGGUAUUGUUAUUGUUGUUGUUGAGUGGGCUCUGUGAGGUGGAAGUUGAGGAGCUGUGUGUACAUCUGGGGAAAGAUGCAACUUACGAAGGGUACCCUUGCUUCCAAUCUCUCUCCAUUAACUAACUUUGAUGCAUCGUGCGUCACAACUCCCGAUGUUGACUUUUGCACCUUGGGGCGCCACAACCUUCCCCUGAACAGCUUUCUUGCCCUCCUCCCUCCUCCUUGUGCUGGAGGAGGAAAAGAGGGAGGAGCAUGGGAGAUAUAGUCUGCAGCUCCACCAAACCUGGAAGUAUGUUCCUUUUUCAUCACCAAGGAGUGAACGGUACGCUUGGUCCCAGCCUUUCCAUGAACUAACUACGAUGCAUCCCAACACCCGAUGUUGACACUUGCAACAACCUGCGGCUAAACUCCUUUCGUUGCCCUCCUCCAGCACAACUGCUGGCCUGCUGGAAGAGGGGGAAGAGGAGCAUGGGAGAUGUAGUCCGUAGUUCCACCAAACCUGGAAAACGCGCUCCUUCUUCGUCGCUGCCACACGACAUUAAUCCUGCACCACAAAUCCCUAAUUAUUGACACAUCGCCCUUGACUAAUGGAAGGACGACGGGGUGGGGGUGGGGGACAAAAAUCAUAGCAACCAAAAAUUGUGUUGAUUGUACUUUUCUUUUGUGCCACGGGGGGGGGGGAGGUGUAGGUGGGAAUUAGGUUAAAGUCGGCUCAGUCGCCUAGGGUUGUUAAUCGGCCUUCGAAACGCCCCUGCGAAAGAGCCGUGUGACGCACUAAGAGGCCAUCUGUGUUGCAAUGCAAACAAAAGUCAGAAUCGGGCUAAAUUUCAGUGGUUUUUGAUUUAACAAAAUAUGAAGUGUCGUAGCGCUCCUUGGGGGUAAAGGAAGGCUCAAGUUUCACAAUGCACAACGCCAAAAAAAUAUAAUAAUAAUAAUAAUGUAGCUUGCACAAUUUCUGGCUGUACGGCAUCUCGAAAUGCCCAAAGAGAUGCUCUGAAUUUUCCAAGCGUCUCCUGUGGCUGCUGCCAAAUUUUUUUUAUUUAUUUUUUUUUGACAGGGAAACGAUACGAUCCCUGGCAAAGCCACAAUCUUCACCAUAUGUCUGAAUUAAAUGUUAAGUUGAGCCAAGGUGUAAAAGGUUUUUUUAAAUCUUUUUGGCUGAAAUGAGAGGGUUGAUUUUUUAUUUUUUGGGGAGAGAAUUGCACACCCCAGGUCAGAAAAACACGGAUUCGGAUGAGAUGGCACUUAAAACAGACUGUUUUGGGGGUCUUUUCCUGUUUUCCAUUUCUUUCUCUUUUUUUCAUUUCUUUUAUUUCCUCGCCUUCCCCAAGAGCCUUGUUUUAACGGUUUAUCCGACAUCUGCCUUCCAUGUCCAAGAUAACCUAGAAAGAUUUGUGGAGCGUUGUUUUUUUUUCAAGAGAAGCACAAAUAAAUCCCUCCUUCGACCAACAAUGGAACGUUUUGUCCCUUAGUGGGUGUCCUCGCUCUCCUUUUAUCCUUGGUCCAUCUGUUGUUGUGCAAGCUUGUUUUCGCUCGGGGGGAUCGCACAUCUUGCAUAAGGCUGUCUGGUCCUUGUGAGAUGCAAAGAAGGCUGUGUUUGAGAUUUGAACCCUGCUAUCUCGGGGUUAAGGAAACGGGUGUCUUUAACAGCUCGAAAAUAAUUCAGCGGAGCCUCUUAAAAUCGGACCGGCGCGAGAUUUAUUGUGAUUUGCCCAACAAUUUGCAAAUUUUGCUCUAAAACCCCAGAAGCAAAAUACUCAUCAUUUGGAAAGGAGAAGCAGCUCUUGAUCCCUUAUUUCAAAAUUUAUUUUUUUGGGGGGGCGGGAGAAAAUAGGAGCAUUGCUGGUUUUAUAAUGUUCCCAAUUAAUUUCUGGGCACCCCUGUUCUGUUUUUCAGCUCCUGCUGUUUUCUCUAGGGCAGCUGGUUUAUUGUUCAGCUGGGGAGGGAAAGAUGAAAAGCAGAAAACCGUCGCCUGUCAACACAUCUGUAGUUUUCUCUCUUUUGUUUUCACGAACUCGGGACACGAAGGAGUGUUGGGCUUAUUAUUCUCACUUUAUCCCCCUUUCAAAGUUAGUUUUAUUUUUUUUUAAAAAAUGAGCAAAAGAGGGCAGGGAGUUUCACAAAUCUGUCCUCCCCUUAAGCCGGGAGCCGCUGUAAGAUUCAGUUUAGCUUCUGUUAAGAGUUCGAAUUGAAUUAUGAUUUGUUUAAUCAUGGAUGAGCCGCAAUUAAUGGCGUGUUGUCCUGUUGUAUUUUGCAAUUUGCCAUGGCUGAGUUUGCACAACCCACAGCAGCCAAAAUCGGCUGCAGUUUAGUGCGGUGCGCGAAGGCCACCUUUUUCUUUCCAUCUUGGCGUUAAAUAAUCUUGGGGCAGGGAGUUCCACCGUUUUAUCUCUGGCAGAAAUUUUCUUCUUGGUCUCCUGAUUUUUUUCCUUUCGUUCGGCUUCCCUGAAUGACCAAACCAGGCUGUGUAGUUUUUGCAAUAUUUUGGCUCCAGGCAUUUUAAGUUUUACGCUUUGCAUUUGAGUUAAAAUCCCUUAACCAGGGUUACUACAAGGAGCAAAAAUCUGCUCUUCUACUUUGAGUUUUUCUUUUGUCAGUCAUUUUAUACUUUGCCUGCCUGGUGCCUUUGGGUCUCCUUUCCCUGCGUGUCUCGCCUGCAAAAAAAUCCUUCUAAAUAAUUAGAUUAUUUGACCGCAUUAACUUCAAUGCCUGGGGGGGGGGGCACCUGGCCCUGCCCGCCUUGGCAGCCAUUUUGUGAGCGCACCCACAGGCAGGCUUUUCAAACGACCAGCACGCUUUCUAUAGUUCUGUUUUGAGUCCCUUCACUCCUUUUAAUUUUACUCCAUCUUCGCACCUCACAUGCAGACUUGGCCAAUUUGCUUCGCAACUCACAAGCAAAUCUGGGUGUCGCCGCGUCUCUGCCUUUACAUUUUUGGUUUUUGCAAAUCCCAGGAAAAUGAUCAGGGCAGCGUUGCCAUGUCAUUGAAGUGGGGGGGACGGGGACGGACGGAGCAUUUUAGAAGCCAAAAUGGCAGAGAAACUAUGUGACUUCCCAAUUUUUCCAAGAAAGAGAAGUUGCUAAAGGCAUUCCUUUGGUUGGUUUCGCUGAACUCUUAAAUUCCUCUUUUAUAAUAUUUGCAUCAAUUUACAGAUUGCAAGUAUAUGAUGUGCAAACUGGGCAUAAAGAGGAAAGCGGUCUUACAAUUACUGUUAUCCAGGAGUUCUUUAAGAGCGAAUCCUUUUUUCCUUCUCGGCCACACAAGGACAACCUUUUGUUUUCGCGCGACACGCUAAGCCAUCAUAUCACUUUUCAAAGGUGGAAAAGGUCUUGGAGACUAUCUAGUCCAGUGUUCCUCGAAGUUGGCAACUUUUACGCUGCCAUGGACUUCAGUUCCCAGAGUUCCCCAGCUGGACUUCAUCUCCCAGAGUUCUCCAGCCAGUGGGAAUUCUGGGAGCUGAAGCCCACACAUCUGAAAAUAUCCAGAUUUAAGCAACCCAGAGGUCCAAUCUAGUCCAACCUCUGUUUAAGGCACAAGUGUUUGAAUUUAGCAUAGUCUGUGUGAACCCCCAACCGUUGUAGGUUGAAAAUUUUAGUUUAAGUGGCAUGGUUUUCUUUUUUUCAAUAAACAAUGGUUAAAUUCUGGCUUAGCAUAAUGUGUACGUAUCUUAAGUUUAGGUUCAACUUUAGGAAUGGUGGCUAUUAAAAACAAUAGCUAUUCAGGGGUGAAAUGCUACCGGUUCAGAUCGGUUCGCCCGAACCGGCAGUAAAAAAAAUUGCUGCCGGUUCGGGCGAACCAGUAUUUCCAACGAAUAGCUAUGCUGCGCGAUUUAUAUUCGAAAAGCAGGAAAUCCUGCUUUCUAGCGAAUCUAAAUCGCGCGGAACAGCUGUUCUCCCCCCCCUGCUGUUCUUACCUUUGCAGACUCAGAAAAAGUUUCUUAAUCCUUUUUCAGCGUUGCACGAUAGCACCUGUGAUGCGCAUGCGUGCGUGAAGCAAACUGAUAGCGAAGCAAACCAGUAGCAGACUUCAGAGCAUUUUACCCUUGUAGCUAUUGGUUUCUAAGGCAAUUUGCCACUGUUUUUUUGCUGCUAGUACUGUGAAGUACAUGGUGCCAAGAUAACUUUCCUGGAUUGUUAUUUUUUAAAUUUUGAUUUAUAUAUAUAUAUAUACUGCCAUUCUACUCCCUUAAGCACUAACAGACAUUGUAAAAAGUUAAUAAAAGCAUAAAUUAAAACGGUGUUAAAAUGA